AGAGAGCAUGACCCGCACAGCUACUGCGAGGGCCCAGGGGCUCCUGGGCGAGCAGGAGCUGCGUGUGUGCGUUGCGUGCGGACGUUCGUUGGCCGCGAAGGCAUUUUCGCGCCACCAGCAAUUGAAACCCAGUCCGAAAUGCAAGGCGUGUGUGGACAAGUCCAAGGUAGAGGGCGACGCGCAGCCGCGACUGAAGCGCUGCGUGCAGUGCUUCCAGAGCCUUCCCAAGACGAGCUUCUCCAAGCGCCAGGCCCAACUGCUCGAGGGCAAGUGCGCAGCCUGCGUCCAGGAGCUCAACCGCCUCGCUGCUGCCUCGCCUGCACACGUCGCCAGCAAGUGGACGUUUGAUCAGCACUAUCGAGUGUGCCAUCGAGGCAAGAACGGAGGUGUGUCGGUGCGCGUGAAGCAUAACAUCGCGUCGCCUUUGCUCGGUUGCAUACCGCUGGGGCGCGUAUUCCGCGCUACGGCACCAAUUUGCAACGAACAGGGCGACCCCAUGGUGAGGUUAGAGGGACCACAUCUGCCAAGCGUUGUCGUCCGUGACGAAGCGAAACUCUCCAGCAAAGAAGACGACGGGGUUGAGAGGCAAAUCAAGGAGGCAUGGGUGCCCUGCCGCUCCCUUCGCAACGAAAUUCUGCUGGAACAUCAUGAAGGGCCCUUCGUCGCUGAUGAAGACAACUCUACGACCCGCAGGUUCUUCCGAUGCGUCGUGGAAGGCUGCAAAGUGCGUGAGCGUGCGGAUUUGGAACAUUCAGAACUGGGUUACGUGCUGUACGGUGAUGUGGUUGAAGUGGUGGAGGCUACUGUUGCUUCAGACGGCGUCGUGUUCUUGAGACUGCAUGAUCGGUACUUUGAUGGUCCCGCGUGGGUGGUCGAGCGCUCGCUGGACAAUGAGUCAGUUCUGAACGAAGUCGAGGGCCCGUGGGUAUCCUCGUCAGCUACACCGAGGAAAGAGACGUACCGCUGCGUGCAAGACUCGGGUGCCCCCGUUCGCAUGGAACCGGAGUUGGCGGCACCACCUGUGGGGCGUAUUCCCUGUGGUGCCCUUGUGACGGUGGUGGAGCGUGCAAUUACCGAGCAACGCCAGGUUUUCCUCCGCAUUGUUGACUCCGAUGCGCACGAAGAUCCGGAUUAUGUUUCAGAAGGAGGGCAAUGGGUUAUUGAGACGAGCACGUGCUGCGCCAGCGUCGUGAUCAAGACCAAAUAG